GCGUUGCAUUGUCGAACGGCACGCAGAAGUGCACGCACCCUUAUUUUGCCGACCAGGGGCGUAGUCCGACUUUGGAUAAGUCAUGUCGUCGCAGAGGUACCCCAUCAGCAUCCGUUUAACCGGGGUGAUGGAGAAGGACAAGAAAAAAAUGUACAUCACCUCGGUACUUUGGUCAGACGAGGAAGAGAUUGUCAUCUACAGGACCAUUGAGGACUUCAAGAAAAUGCACAAGCAGAUCAAGAAAGCGUUCCCCGGCAUGAAGAAAUCAGAAAGAAUUGUGCCUAAAUUUAAAGUCACAAAGAAAGCCAAAGCAGGGCAGAAGAAUGGCACCUCAAAGUCAUUGAAUUACCUUAAGCCCUUGCAGAGGUACUGCAAUGAAUUGCUGAGCUGCGAUCCGAAGGUCAACCAGUCGGUGCACCUCAUCCAGUUUCUCCACCCUAAAAAUGAGGAACUGCAGGCCGAGUACUCCAAGAACGGUGUCAUAAUCAUGCCCCCCGAAACCCAAGCCCAACAAGAACUAAUUUACAGCCAGGGUGGCAAUGUGACCCAGCCCUUCAGCACGGAGACUUACAGGUGCGUGGCCCCCUACGAGACUAAAGACACCAAGAACAAGCCGUUCAAAGUGGCCUUGAAUGAAAAAGUCGACGUGCUCAUCAAGGACAAAGCGGGCUGGUGGCUCGUGGAGAAUGACGACAAGUGCUUGGCCUGGUUUCCUGCUCCGUACCUGGAGAGGACGGACGAUGAACCGGAAGAGGACAAUAUUGAUGGACUUCCCGAAAGAGGGUUGUUUUACACCGUAACCAAGAGCUACAAAUCCACUAAAGACGAUGAAAUAACAGUGAGCAUCGGUGCCUCGGUGGAAGUCCUGCAGAAGUCGGAAAACGGCUGGUGGCUCAUCAGAUACCAAGGCAAGGCUGGCUACAUCCCCAGUAUGUAUCUGAAGCCCCCAAGCUACGGCCAUGUGGGAAGAGGCCACCACGGGCACAACAGUCCCAUCCUUCUGUCCCCCUCCAACUUGACAGUGCAGCCACAGUCAAUAACCCGCUCUCAAGACAACCUCCAGGAAAUGAACACUGCCAGGCCCGCCGCAUCCAAUCUCCUCCGACCCCUGACCAGGCAAUUGUCUAGAUCCGCCGAGGUCCUAAACCAACCUCCGUCGACUGUGCCAGCCUCCAAGCCGCCCCCCGUCUCACUUCCCAAGCCGCGACCUAACCCACCUCCAAAGCGUGCCGCAUCGCCCAAUCCAGGAUACGCCCCACCUCCGAAUACACAACGUGCCUCACCGCCCAAACCAGGAUACCCCCCACCUCCGAAUACACAACGUGCCCCAUCGCCCAAACCAGGAUACCCCCUACCUCCGAAUACACAACGUGCCCCAUCGCCCAAACCAGGAUACACCCUACCUCCGAAUGCAAGUUAUGUCCCUACGCCCAUCAUCAUGGUAAAGAAUGACUCCGAGAGCGAUGUUCCUUCUAGCCAGACCUGGGACAGCGAGACAGAGUUCACAAGCGACAGCGACUUCAGCAGCGACGAAUUCAGCUUGUCCUCGGCAAGCAUGAUCGACAGCAUGAGCAUGAGCACCGACGACUACCGCCUCCACAGCCGCACCCCUCCGCCGCCGAGCAGGAACACGCUGAGUCCGCAAAGUGCAAACGGCGGAAGAAUGACGCCCGCCAUCUCCGACCCAAACAUCUUCAAGAGCGUCUCAACGCCCAAGGUGCCGCCCAGGCCGCAGACUAAUGAGAUUCUCAGCCGUUGCACAACCAUCACCCGCAAGAACGCAAACAGAGAUGCCAGCCCGACGCAGACUACCAUACAUACACGGUAGAAAGAAGCCCAUGUCGGACGAUUGAGAUCAGACAUUUACAAUGCAGCAGGAUGUGUUCAACUGCAAAUGGCACAAAGUCACACCAACACAACUUCUCCCCAAAAAAUGGUUUACAUGUAUAUAGAUAACGGUGUUUAUACUAGAAAGAUUGCUACCACCUUCCUAGCUAAUUACCAACGUAUAUUUUCCAAAACCUUUAACAUGGAGCUCAUUCAUACAUGUACCCAAGGAUAUUGUGCUUGGUAAGAAUGUUAGAAAUCGACUACGGGUGUGUUGUGGUUAGUUUUCUUUGAACCAAAUAAAAACAUGGUGGUUAAA